AUGACAGAGAUGAGGGGAGGAAUGUGCUCAGUGCUUUUCCAGGUCGCCUGGGUGACCUUGCUCUGCUGCCUGGGUGAAGCAUCAAAUGGCACAGAAGCUGUGAAUGGGCCCGGGCCUCCUCACCUUAUCUUUAUCAUGGUGGACGACCAGGGUUAUGGAGACAUUGGCUACCAUGGCUCAGAUAUCCACACUCCUGUGCUGGACCAACUCGCAGCAGAGGGAGUGAAACUGGAAAAUUAUUAUGUCCAGCCAAUCUGCUCACCUUCUCGCAGUCAACUGAUGACAGGCCGCUACCAAAUUCACACUGGACUCCAACAUUCAAUCAUCCGACCGCGUCAGCCGCUCUGCUUGCCCCCGCAUGUUGCCACCCUGCCAGAGCGUCUGCUCGAGACUGGAUACGCCACACACAUGGUGGGUAAAUGGCACCUGGGCUUCUGCAGGCCAAGCUGCCUUCCCACAGGACGUGGCUUUCAGAGUUUCCUGGGCACGCUCACUGGCAGCGGAGACCACUUCUCCUAUCGGAGCUGCGAUGGGGCGGAAGCCUGUGGAUUUGACUUGCAUGACGGAGACAGGCCUGCCUGGGAGAUGACCGGCAACUACUCCACGCUGCUUUACAUAGAGAGAGUGAAGCAGAUACUGAGGAGCCAUGACCCCAGUAAGCCCCUCUUCCUCUACCUGUCCCUUCAGGCUGCUCAUACACCUUUACAGGUACCGGAUCAUUUUCUCCACCUUUAUGACUCCCAGGGAAACCGGCUCAGGCGCCACUAUGCAGCCAUGCUGAGUUGUCUGGAUAGCGGUGUUGGAGAAGUAGUCCAACAACUUAAGACCAGUGGGUUUUAUGAAAACUCAGUAGUGAUUUACUCAUCAGAUAAUGGCGGGCAGCCACUCUCUGGAGGCAGUAAUUGGCCACUGAGAGGUGGCAAAGGGACCUACUGGGAAGGAGGCAUCCGUGCUGUGGGCUUUGUCCAUAGUCCCCUCCUGAAGAAGAAGGGUGUGAUCAGCCGGGAGAUGAUCCAUGUUUCUGACUGGUAUCCCACAUUACUCGGGCUGGCCGGGGCCCUGCAGUCCAACCGUGGCCUUGAUGGUCACAAUGUGUGGAGCACCAUCAGCGAGGGGCUCCCCUGUCCUCGAACUGAAAUCCUUUUCAACAUUGACCCAAUCUCCAGGAAGCCUGGAGAGCCAUAUGAAAAAGCAUUGGUACGCAAUGGGUUUGGGAUCUGGGACACAGCCGUGAGGGCUGCGAUAAGGGCCGGGGACUGGAAGCUGUUAACAGGAAAUGUAGGUGACGGGGACUGGAUACCACCACAGGCUCUUCCUGUCGGUCCAGAGCGGUGGAAGAGACUCGAGAAAGGGCGCAGGGAGCUAGGGAAGUCAGUUUGGCUGUUCAACAUCACCUCUGACCCAUAUGAGAGGUCAGACCUAGCGGACGCUCGUCCUCUGAUAGUGAAACAUCUGCUGACCAGGUUGGCAGAGUACAACCAGACAGCUGUGAUGGCCAUGAAUCCACCAGAUGAUCCUAUGGCUGACCCUGACCUCCAUGGAGGAGUGUGGAGGCCCUGGCUGGGCCUGGAGGGAGAGCAGGGGAAUAUGGUAGAGGAGAAUGGCAGGAAAGAAAGGAUGAUGAAGGUUAAGCACUGUAAACUAUGCAAAUUAAAAGCCCUCUUCAAAAAGGUGGGCUCACGUCUAGAGAGGAAAACCCUGUUUAUCUAAUGUUUUCAUCUAGCAACCUUAAUUAGAAACUCUUUGGCGAUCCUCAUAUAACAUGUGUCAUUUGAACACAUCUGAAGGCACCUUAAAGUGGUUAUUAUGAAUCAAUACACUCAGAGAUGAGGCAAACACAUCUGCUGUCAUGGAGAGGAAAUGAGAGAUGGAGGGGAGAAGAAUAGAGCCAGUUGUUCACAGGGGGAUGUGCUUCCCUUUGUUUUGCACAUGAAAAGACAAUUGCACACGUCUACACAGUUAAAUGUGUGUUUAAAGUAGCACUAAGUAUCACUAAACAAGUGGAUUUAACACCAGUACUGUUUGGGACCAAUUAGUGUGGGUGUUGUAAUUGUCAAUCAGUCGGUCAUAUAUACUUUAUUGUCCCCACAGGUAAACGUUUCAUGGGCAAAAGUGCUUCGACAGCUGCAGAAUAACACACAGCACAACAGAGACAAAAAACGGCUUAUAAAGGACACAUAAUAUAAGUAACAGAACAAAAAAAUAUGCAUGUUGCACCUUCCCUAAAGAAUUAGUAAUACAACACAAACAAUUAAGAAUACAUUAAAAUCUAGCCAAGACCUGACAUUAAAAUCUAAAACAACAAACACUAUAAAAACAAGGCAUUAGAAACCAGUAACCACACUGCAAAAUGUCUAAAGUGACACUGCUUAUUGAGAUACUGUGAGAGUCAACCUGUUCCCUUGUUGAGCUGUGUAAUAUACGCGUCCUUAGUAUUACAUUAACCUCUUUGAUGUUAAAUUAAACUCAUUUAAAUGUUUUUUUAUGGUCCUAAUUGGAACUGGUGUUUAGUUGACUCUUUUAGUGUUACUUCAACACUACAAAGUUUAUUAUGUUCUUCAUACAUGUACACAAGUGGUUAAGACCAGUACC